ACGGGUGGAGGAAGGUGUCAGGUGUGUUGUGUGACAGAAGAGUCUCUGCUAGGAUGAAGGGCAAAGUUUAUAAAACAGUGGUGAGGCCAGCCAUGAUGUACGGAUUAGAGACAGUGGCACUGAAGAGACAACAGGAAGCAGAACUGGAGGUGGCGGAAAUUAAGAUGUUCAGGUUUGCUCUAGGAGUGACCAGGUUGGAUAAAAUUAGAAAUGAGCUCAUCAGAGGGACAGCCGAGGUUCGAUGUUUUGGAGACAAAGUUAGAGAGAGCAGACUUUGAUGGUUUGGAGUGAGUAUAUUGGUAGAAGGUUGAUGAGGAUGGAGCUGCCAGGCAAGAGAGCGAGAGGAAGACCAAAGAGAAGGUUGAUGGAUGUCGUGAGGGAAGACAUGAGGGCAGUUGGUGUUCGAGAGGAGGAUGCAGGAGAUAGGUUUACAUGGAAAAGGAUGACGCGCUGUGGCGACCCCUGAGUCAACUUCCAAACUUUAAAAAAAAGUUGCUUCUUCCCCCACAAAUCCAGCAUAUCGCUUCCGGUAAACAGUUGACAGAUUCGCUAAUUAUGGUCACGUGGUCACAACGAAAUACAGUAAUCCCUCGUUUAUCGCAGUGGUUGGUUCUGAACUACCCCCGCAACAGGUGAAAUCCACAAUAUAGUAGGGAUGUUACGGUCCAGCCUCUCUACUUGAAUCUGAUUCGACCAAAUGAAGCAGAGGAGUGGCAAAGCACUGUUUCGACACUUGGUUCAAACAUGCGGAAAAUCAGGUGAUCACUGUGAACGACGCCUCCAACGUCACAGCAGUGUUGAACUGGAUGGGCAAGUCUAUAGCUCAUUCAAAACCCCUUCAAAUGUGUCAGAAUCUAUGGUGGCUUUUUUGAGAGAUUUAAAGCGUUAUUGAUACAGUACAUCGCAAUCAUUUUCAACAAAUAAGCCAGGGAGGGAUACAAAUAUUUACAUUACAAAUCCAGUUCUGAGGAGUUCAUAUGUUCUCCCCGUGCCUGCAUGGGCUUUCUCCGGGUACUCCGGUUUCCACUCACAUCCCAAAAACAUGCAUGGUAGGUUAAUUGAAAACUCAAAAUUGCUCGUAGGUGUGAAUGUGAGUGCAAAUGGUUGUUUGUUUAUAUGUGCUCUGCAAAUGGCUGGCGACCAAUUCAGGGUGUACCCCGCCUCUCGCCGAGAGUCAGCUGGGAUAGGCUCCAGCGACCCAAUGAGGAUAUGCGGAAUGAAUAUUGAAAUAGUGAUACACAUGCAUCGAGAUGCUGUACUGUCAAUACGAGACAAAGGAGCCUUUUAUGUCCACAUUACUUUUCAAAAGGCAAUGAGGUCAGCUGACCCAAAUGAAGUGCGUAAAAGCUUUGGAUUAAUAUGAAAAGUGCUAUAUAAAUAAAUUUGAAGGUGCUACACAAAUACAUUUGAUAGUGAUAAAUAAAUAAAAUACUUGAUAUUGAAAAAAAACAUUUUAUUCCUUGUAAUAGGUAUUUUAAUGAAUGUUAUUUUCUUUUUUUUUUACAAUUGUUUUAGGCUUGGGAAGCAUUUAUUUUACCACCAAAAAAUUACAGCAUACAUUCAAAAUCCUGUGAUAUGACAAAUUACGCGAUAUGAAUAUGAAAAAUAAAAACCACACUGCACUAAAUCCGCAAUAGGUGAACCGUGUAGUAGUGCGUGUAGUUCAUACACAGCCUGUCGCAGCGGCCUGAUGGAGAAAAAAAAACACAGCGCUCAUUGUCUUUAUUUGACCGCAAUUUAUUUGAUAACAAUUUAAAAGUGAAUUAUUAAGUAUAACUGAUUCGGAUGCCUCCCGGACGCUUCCCUGGUGAGGUGUUCCAGGCACGUCCCACCGGGAGGAGACCCAGGACACGCUGGAGAGACUACAUCCUUCGGCGGGCCUGGGAACGCCUCGGGAUCCCCCCGGAAGAGCUGGAUGAAGUGGCUGGGGAGAGGGAAGUCUGGGCGUCCCUACUAAAGCUAUUGCCCCCGCGACCCGACCUUGGAUAAGCGGUAGAAAAUGGAUGGAUGGGAUGGAACUGUAUUGAUUCAUUUUAUAAUCUUUGCUUUGGUUAUCAUCUUCGUUGGGGGGGAUGGGCCACAGCAUUGUUGCUCCCUCAAGAACCGCCACUGGAAGGAAGAUGAAUGAGUUGGUCAGCGUUCCUUUCGAUUUAUUGCCACUAACAUUGUGAGCAGAGUCAGUAGUGAAUUUGUAACAUUGACAGCCUCAGGAAUUACGAUAACGUAUGUGAUCAAUCAUUUUGAAGUAUUCUUAGGUGAUGUUGUAUGCUUGAAAAUUGCGACAGGAGCAACACAAAAGAUGCCAUUGGCGAUUCCCCCACCCACCUCUCUCAAAUUCCUCAUGAAUUGUUGGAGUGGACAACUGACAGCAGGCCAGUCCGGUUUUGAACUUUUGGGCAGUGAAACUCGUUUGGCAGCAUGGUGGAGAGUGCAAAAAAAGCAAAGAAUGCAGGGGGGAGAACUAUAAAAAAAGCGAAGUCCAAAAGGUUUGCACCCAGUUCAUCAGUGUCCAAGUCCUCCGGUGCAGAAGUCUCUCGGCCCCGUCGGAACAAGGCGCUGUGUGUGCUACACAAACAUGGCACCUGUCCUUCAAAUGCUGGCGCUCAUGCUGGCAUCUGUCUUUCUGCAAAGUGCGUCAUCGGGUCCUCUCAGUGACACCAUCUUUGCGGUGACUGUGAGCUCCCAGGUGAGCGGAGGUGCGCAGGAAACCUUGUGCGCCGUCAUCCAGGGCCCCACGGAGCUCGUCACGUUGACUGUCACCUUGGACAUGGACUCUGGCAGCACUGUCAUCCUGGAGAAGAAGGUCAAAGAGGACUUUUACCAGUGCACGAACUUUCAGGUCCCAGCAGUGCGCACUAAUACUGUGGCAACCAUAAAUGUCACUGUUAAAGGGGAGAGUGACUCCAUGAACAAGAAGACCAAAAUCCUCAUUGUGCCCGCCGCUUUUAUCCACAUUAUCCAGACUGAUAAAACUGUCUACAAACCUGGACAGACCGUGCAAUUCCGAAUCGUUUCCAUGGAUUCCGGUUUCAUCCCUGUGGACCGGAUGUACACAGUGGUGGAGCUUCAGGAUCCCAAUUCCAAUCGAAUUGCUCAGUGGUUGGAUAGAUUUGUUGCCGCUGGAAUCCUUGAUCUUUCCCAUCCCAUGAUUCCAGAGGCAGCACAAGGAACCUAUGUAAUCACUGCCACCACAGACAAAGGAGAGAAAAUCUCCCACAGCUUUGACAUCAAGGAAUAUGUUUUGCCCAAAUUUGAGGUAACUGUCCACCUCCCGAGUGUGAUUACAAUCAUGGACCAGCAGGUCAUGCUGAAGAUUUGUGGAAAAUACACUUAUGGAAAACCAGUUGUUGGCUCAGGCAAGGCGGUGUUUUGUAGGAAUGCUUUUCACUAUUUCUGGCGUGCCAUAUCACAGAAAGACCUCUGCAAGACAUAUAAACUGAGAACCGAUCGCAGCGGUUGUGCUACACAAAUGGUGAGCAUGGAAGACUUUGCCCUCAACAAGAACAUGUAUGAUGAUAGUUUUGAGGUGGAUGCCGAAUUAGAGGAGCAUGGCACAGGGGUGAUCCUGAAGGGUACAGCGCAGGCAAGCUUCAGUGCCCUUAUCAGAACAGUCACUUUUGAAGAUGUACCUGAAGCAUACAAGCCUGGCAUCCCAUUUGAGGGAAAGGUCAAAAUGACUGGUGCAGACAGAAAACCUGUGGCCAAUGAGCAUGUCUACUUAAUCACCCCAGACUCAAUUACCUUAACACUCACCACAAACACAGACGGCGUGGCCUCGUUUUCACUGGACACCAGCAACUGGGGGGACUAUGCCAAUCUUCAGGCCAAGUCCAAACUGGUUGAAGAUGAUGAGCCAUAUGUUCCAGGUAUUCGGAAACCAGAGUACGGGACAGCUUACCACAAUGUUUCUCCCUUCUACUCCAAGAGUAGUAGCUUUUUGAAGCUCAUGCAGGUCAGCGGGACGAUCUCCUGUGACAAAGGUGCCGCAGUAAGAGCCAAGUACAUCAUCCAGGGAGAGGAGCUCAAGAAGGGACAGGAGACCCUUGACUUUUUCUAUUUGGUGAUGUCCAAAGGUGCAAUCAUGCAGCACGGUCAUCUCCAAGUGGCUGUUCGCCUGGGUACAGUGAACAAAGGAGAGUUGUCCAUAUCCCUCCGUGAAGUGAUCAACCUGGCGCCGUUUGCACAGGUUGUAGUUUACACUGUGUUGCCUGGUGGCGAGGCUGUGGCAGACAGCCAGGAUUUCCCCAUCCAGCUCUGUCUCAAGAACAAGGUUUCUCUUAAGUUCUCGUCCCUCCAAGAGCUUCCAUCAGAGAAGACCACAUUGAAACUCCAGGCUCAGCCAGGCUCUUUGUGCUCUGUGAGAGCCAUUGACCAAAGCAUCCUACUGCUGAAGUCAGAGAGGGAACUCACUGUUGACUAUGUGUACAGUCAGCUCCCUCUGCAGAAGCUGGCAGGAUACCCGUAUGAGACUGAAGACUACGAGCCAUAUCCCUGCCUUCCUGAGCCUCAACCUGAGCCUUUGGUGGCUCCAGAACCGUGGAGGCGCGAGCAAUCAUUUCACUUUGGACCAACCAAUCAGAAGAAUGAUGUCUACAGCGUCUUUAAAGAAAUCGGAGUCAAGCUUGUGACAAAUUCUGAUGUGAAGAAACCCUAUGACUGCCGACGACCUAAAUAUGAGUAUUACUUUGAUGCAAAUUUUCCGGUUGCCAUGGCUUUCAAUGUGAAGCGAGGCUCUGGUAGCGGUGAGAAAAAUAUGGAGGAGAAGAAGGAGACCAUUAGAACAUCCUUCCCGGAGACGUGGAUCUGGGACCUAGUUUCUGUUGGAGGCAAUGGUUUAGUGAAUGUGGAGAAGACGGUCCCAGACACCAUCACCAAGUGGGCUGCUGGAGCUUUCUGUGUCUCCUCUGUGGGCUUCGGUGUGGCGCCCACCACUGCGCUGACGGUCUUCCAGCCCUUCUUCGUCAGUCUGACGCUGCCCUUCUCUGUCAUCCGUGGGGAAGUGUUUACUCUAAAAGCCACCGUCUUCAACUAUCUCUCCAAAUGCAUCAUGGUGAAAGUUACGCUCGCUCAGUCUGAGAUGUAUAACUUCAGGAACUGCGAUGGCUGCCAGUACAGUGUGUGUCUAUGCGGUGAUGAGAGCAGAACCUUCACUUGGAUUGUCACUCCAACUGCCCUUGGCAAAGUCGACCUGAAGGUGAGCGCCGAGGCCCUGAAGACCAACUUGCUGUGUGGCAAUGAGGUGGCUUCUGUCCCUGACGUGGGCCGUAUUGACACCGUGGUCCGCAGCCUGCUGGUGGAGGCUGAAGGAACGCCUCAGUCAGUGAGUCACAACGCGCUCCUCUGUCCUGCAGAGGGACAAGUGGAAAAGAAAAUCUCUCUUGUGUUGCCAGAGAUGUUUGUUGCUGGAUCUGCCAGAGCCACUGUCUCUGUACUGGGUGACCUGAUGGGCCGAGCCAUUAAGAACCUGGACCAACUCCUGGCAAUGCCAUAUGGCUGUGGAGAGCAGAACAUGUUGAAGUUUGCUCCCAACAUCUUCAUUCUCAACUACCUGAAAAGCACAGGUCAACUGACUGCUGAGAUUCUGGACAAAGCGACGCGCUUCCUCGAGAGCGGAUACCAAAGGGAGCUCAUCUACAAGCAUGACGAUGGCUCCUACAGUGCCUUUGGGAAAAGCGAUAAAUCUGGCAACACCUGGCUGACCGCCUUUGUGAUGAAGUCAUUUGGGGGGGCGAGGCCUUACAUCUUUGUAGAUCCCAAGCACGUUAUGGAUGCCAAGAAAUGGUUGUACUCUAAGCAGGGGCGUGAUGGCUGCAUCAGAUCUGUGGGGAAACUCUUCCACAAUGGCAUGAAGGGAGGAGUGAGCGACGACGUGUCCCUGACGGCUUACGUCGUUGCCGCCCUGUUAGAACUGGACUCCGACACAAAAGAUCCUGUGAUCCAGAGGUGUUUGGGCUGUCUGAAAGAGGCAGCCGGCCAAAUGGACAAUUUGUACACCACAGCGCUGAUGGCCUACACCUUCACUCUGGCUAGGGACGAGGCGAUGAGGCUCAAGCUUGUCAGCUACCUGCACCAGCAGUCCAGUACAAUGGGGGGAACCCGCCACUGGGAGCGAACGGGGGCCUCUGUGAAAGGACUGGAUUCUCUGGAGGUGGAGAUCACUUCGUAUGUGCUGCUGGCACUGCUCUCCGGCCCUGUCCUGCCAAAUUUUGGUCUGGGCUACAGCUCUGGCAUUGUGCGCUGGCUCACACAGCAGCAAAAUCCUUACGGUGGUUUUUCUUCAACACAGGACACCGUGGUGGCCCUCCAAGCGCUGGCUAAAUACGGUGCCGCCACCUAUAGCGUUGGAGGCAGGACUGUCGUGACGGUGACGUCAUUAGGAGGUCUGAACAAGCAGUUCAUAGUUGACCGGAGAAAUCGGCUCCUGUACCAAGAGGAGAAGCUGAGCGAAGUCCCCGGAGAGUACACGAUCAAAGCAAAGGGACAGAGCUGUGUUCUGGCACAGAUUUCCAUGCAUUACAACAUCCCCCCUCCUCCGGACUUUUCCGCCUUCGACAUCUCCGCUAAUACCAUCUCCAAGUGCAACCCCCCCAAGCCACAGAUCAUCCUCUUUGUCCAUGUCAGGUACCAGGGCAUGAGAGAGGAGACGAACAUGGUCAUCAUUAACAUCAAACUCCUGUCCGGACACAUUUUGGAUAAAAGCUCUCUGGAGUCGUUAAAGAAAGACCGCUCAGUGAAGCGCGUUGACCUGGAUGAAGGUUAUAUCAACAUCUACUUGGACGGGCUGAAGAAAGGUGAGGCGAUGGUUUACAGCGUCACACUGGAGGAAGACGUGCCUGUCAGGAACCUGAAAGCAGCUGUGGUCAAAGUGUACGACUACUACCAGACAAGUGAUGUGGCCGUGACAGAGUACACGUCCCCCUGUGCAGAGCGUGUCAACGAGGUUUAAAUGAACAUAGAGGAGACUACUCAGAUUCUCAUCUGGAAGACUCGAUGUUCCUCAAACAUAGAUGUGACUUUUUUUUCCAUUGGUGAAUUGAUUUUAAGGGAAUCCCUGUGAUUGCAAAUUAUGUUCUUUUCCUUUUUCUGUGUGUUCCUUUCUUUUAAAAAAAUAUUGUUUCCUCACCUCAACACUGGAAAUGUGUUAACACUUUUAAUACACUGAACCCAAGAAAAUCAGACUGUGUUGUGUAACAGUUUUAAUAGGAUUGACAAAUCCAUGUUUUUAACUCAAAGUGGAGGAUAAUGCAAGGUACCAAUAACUGAUUAAAUGAAUGCUAUGUGAGUGGGCGCAUUUAGAAUGGUCCCGUACCAUUUUAUAAGUAGAUAAAAUUCAUCACUACAGUACCAUACAAUUUGAAAUGUAACAGUCAUGUAAUAAAAU